GGGCGGGGCCGGCCCUAAACGGGACCAGCCGGGUGACUUCCUGCAACCGCAAUCAGCUGAGCACGGGUCUCGGAUCAGACCCCAGACCUCGCGGCGCCGGGCACCGCGCAGCCAGUGCACCCCCUGCCCCAGGAUGCCCGAGGGCCCCGAGCUGCAACUGGCCAGCCAUUUCGUGAACGAGGCGUGCGAGGGGCUGGUGUUCGGCGGGCGCGUGGAGAAGUCUGCCGUCAGUCGCAACCCCGAAGUGCCCUUCGAGAGCAGCGCCUACCGCAUCUCUGCCUCGGCACGCGGCAAGGAGCUGCGCCUGUGGCUCCGACCGCUGCCCGGGGCCGGGCCAUGCCAGGAGCCACUGGCCCUGGUCUUCCGCUUCGGCAUGACUGGCUCCUUCCAGCUGGUGCCGGGAGAUGAGCUGCCGCGCCAUGCCCACCUGCGCUUCUACACAGCCCCGCCGGGUCCCCGACUCGCAUUGUGCUUCGUGGACGUCCGCCGCUUCGGCCACUGGGAGUUGGGGGGCGAGUGGCAGCCGGGCCGCGGGCCCUGCGUCUUGUUGGAGUACGAGCAGUUCAGGGAGAAUGUACUGCGGAACCUGGCGGACAAGGCCUUCGACCGGCCCAUCUGUGAAGCCCUCCUGGACCAGCGAUUCUUCAAUGGCAUCGGCAACUACCUGCGGGCAGAGAUUCUCUUCCGGCUGAGGAUCCCGCCCUUCGAGCAGGCCCGCACGGUCCUGGAGGCCCUGCGGCAGCGGCGGCCGAGCCCAGAGCUGACCCUGAGCCAGAAGGUCAAGGCCAAGCUGCAGAACCCAGACCUGCUGGAGCUGUGCCACCUGGUGCCCAAGGAGGUGGUGCAGCUUGGGGGUAAGGGCUACGGGCCGGUGAACGGGGAAGAGGACUUCGUUGCCUUCAGGGCCUGGCUGCGGUGCUACGGUGUGCCAGGCAUGAGCAGCUUGCAGGACCGGCAUGGCCGCACCAUGUGGUUCCAGGGGGACCCAGGGCCUCUGGCGCCCAAAGGGCGCAAGUCACGCAAGAAGAAACUCCAGGAACCACAGCCGGAUCCUGUGUACAGGACAGAGGAUCCCCCAUCUCCAUGCAAGGCCCCUGCCAGGAAACCAAGGGCCAAGAAGCAUCUGUCGAAGAUGCCAGCCCAGCAGCCCCCACAAGCAGCUGAGGAGGGCAGCAGGAGGGGGCAGCCGGCGGUCUCAGGCCGCCGCAAAGCCCGGAAGAAGGCUGAGCCUGAGCCCCCACCCCUGGAGCCGGAGGUGGUCUCUGCCUCCUAGUGGGGGUUUCUUCUGUGGGGGGCUGCUCCCUGCACCCCUGUGAUGGUUUAGUGGUGCCCUAUUUUGGCAUUUUUUAAAGCCCACAUGGAAAAUGCUAUAUUUUAAAUAAAUGGAGAAACCUGA